AACGGGAGACUGAGUCAGCGACUGACGACGGAGACGGCAGAUUGGCUCGGCGGACCGGGCCGGCAGCAGGAGCAGAGUAUGGCAUGGAGCGGACAGAGGGCUGCACUGAACUCCAUUGCAGGGCGCGGCUCGGUUAUAGUUUUGGCCUUCCUGGUGGCGACCGCUUCCAGUGACAUCAAUGACGGUCCCCAGGUCGAUGGUAGCAGCAAGCAGCCCACAGGGCCCGGCGGACAGCCUGGAGACCCUCCUGGAGGGACCUCCCCAUCCGGCCACCCCGGGAACCUGUCGCGGGCCCUUCUGGAGGACCGGCGGCACCUGCGGGACCGCCGACUGCACCCGGAGCCGCUGCUGGGCCCCUGGAGACCCGAGUGGGACGCGCGGACCGGCAGGGGAGACGACGUCCCCCAGCACCGCGGGCUGGGGUCCUGGCUGGACCCGGGGACGGACACGGCCCGCCCGGCGCCGGGCGGAUGGACAGCGGGGGCGGACAGCGGCCGGACAAGGGUGGACGCUCGGACCCGGGGAGCGGCCGGCGACCGUCCGCUGCCCCCUCUGGUGAUCCUGCCGCUCAUGUGGCUGAGUGGUGUCGCCAGAGGGGGUCGGGGUCUCUUCCAGCAGCGUCCCCACCUCACCAAAUGUUCUCGGACCCCGGACUGUUCCGCUAUGAUAGUUGACUCAAGUAACGGCCGGUGCUGGCAGCUGGAGAUCAGGAGACUCGACAUCGACACCAACUUCAGAGACCACCUCGCCGCCAAACCGGACAUCAGCUUCGUGCAAAAAAUCUGCCUCAAACAGCGCGGCUGCGGCUCGGCGUACACGUUCGAGCGGGUGCUGCAGCGGCGGCUGCUGGUCCGGGAGGAGAGACUGCUGGCCGACCUCAGCGUGGUCCAGUGCCGGGAGGCGUGCCUGGCGGAGCGCCGCUUCACCUGCAGGUCCCUGAACUAUGACUACGAGAGCUCCGAGUGCCGUUUGAACGCUGAGGAUCGCAACUCUGCUGUGGGUCGAAAGCUUCAGCCGCACCCAACUACAGACUACUUCGAGAAUAAAUGCGCAGGUUUGCCAGCAAGACGUCCCGAGGACUCUGCCCAUGACAACGGACCGUUCUACCGGGACACCGCCUUCUACCACAGAGGCGGUCCGCUUCCACCACGGGACAGGCCCGAUGGCGGCUGGAGGACACCGGACGGCUAUCCCGACAGGACGGAUAUGGGUGGAUAUCCCCGUAGGACGGGUGUGGACAAAUAUCCCGACAGCAGGGAUAUGGGCGCAUAUCCAGGCAGCAGGGAUGUGUUCCUGGGUGGUGACGGACAGUUUUCCGGUGGAGGCCGCCUGCCUCACCAUUCGAGGGACUUCGGAGGAUCAGGAAGCAGCAAUCGCAGAUAUCCCUUCAUCCACGAUCUGCCUUCCACUAACGAUGACAGAAAACGACCGACUUUUGAUGAUGGGCGAAUAUACGACCAAUAUCCUGGAAGUCGAGAGGAUGACACUUUCGAUAAUGGGCGGCGCUUUGGCAACAGGAGAAAAUCCACGAGAGACGACCAAAAUAGAGACAGUGGGUGGUCUCGGUACCCUGCGACAAAUAGUGACCAGUAUCCGGAUACGAGCAGAGAUCCGUACCCUAAUACGGAUAAUCGGUAUCCUGGCACUGAUAAGGACACGUAUCCUGAAAGGGACCGGGACAAGUAUCCAGACACAGCCCGCUACCCCGAUAGGGACAGUGGCCGGUAUCCUGACACGGGCCGGUAUCCUGACACGGACCGGUAUCCUAACACGGGCCGCUACCCUGAUAGGGACCGGGACCGCUACCCUGAAAGGGACAGUGGCCAGUUUCCUGACACGGGCCGGUACCCUGACACGGGCCGGUAUCCUGACACGGAUCGGUAUCCUAACACGGGCCGCUACCCUGAUAGGGACCGGGACCGCUACCCUGAAAGGGACAGUGGCCAGUUUCCUGACACGGGCCGGUAUCCUGACACGGACCGGGACCCUGACACGGGCCGGUAUCCUGACACGGACCGGGACCAGUACCCCGAUAGAGACCGAGGACCACCCCAGGGCCGGCGGAGACCGCCGCCGGACGUGCGCCGCUGUCCGGAGCGACCCACCUUUGAGAAGAUCGUCGACAUGCGGUACGAGUCGCGGGUGCGGGGGCCGCCGCCGACGCCCAGGGAGCGGGGCAGCACCGUGAUCGCCCUCAGACAGUGUUCCAGAGACCCGGAGUGUAUGAGUGUCGGCGUGGAGUACAGCGAAGGCUCGGAGAUGUUCCAGAAGCUUCAGCACCAGCCCGGCACGGGCGGAGGCGAACUGGUGCCCGAUCGGCUCUGCGCGCAAUUCAUCAAAGUCUGCAUUGGCGGAGUCGCAGAUAUGUGCAGCGGUAUGUGGGCAUUCGACCGUAUCCCCAACACGCGACUGAAGGGCCACAACGACAUCGUCACCGACUGGGUGGCCAGCCGAGAGGAGUGCCAGGAGCUCUGUCUCCGGAACGUGCAGCUGCCCUGCAGGUCGGCAGAGUACUCGCUAUCGUUUCUCACGUGCGUCAAGUCGCGUGAGAACCGACGGACGCAGCCGGAUGACCUCGAGGCCAGCGAGGGGACCGACUACCUCGAGAACAAGUGCGCACCAGAGCGCACCGGCUGUGAGUUCGAGGACACGGACGACAGGUAUCUGCCCUACACCGACCGGCGGGUGACUCGGGUCGACAGCAAACAGACGUGCCAGCGGCUCUGCAGCGAGGAGCGCGCCUUCAGGUGCCGGAGUUUCAGCUACACGGCUCGGACCCGGGAGUGUUCACUGAGCAGCGAGGACGCCGUCAGUUUACCAGUCACGGCUCUGCUCUCGUCUCCCGGAACCGUGUUCUCACAGCAGACAGACUGCCAGGACGUUCGCGUGGAGUGCAGCCGGCGGGAGAUGGUCGUGUCGCUCCACUUUGACCGGCCGUUCGAGGGCCGAGUGUUCGCCAUCGGCGGGCCCCAGAGCUGCUUCAGCCUCGGGGACGGCCGGGACCGGCUGCAGCUGCCCAUCCCCAUGGACUCCAGAUGCGGAACCGUGCAGGAGGGCCGAAACCUGUUCGUGAACCACGUGGUGGUGCAGAGCCAUCCGCUAAUCACGCAGCAGAGCGACCGCACGGUGCGCGUCCAGUGCCUCCUGGAGGCCGGCGACCAGCGCGUCUCCCUGGCGCCCUCGGAGCUCGGCGCAGCAGGAGUCGCCGUGGCCUCAGUACGCCAGUCGGGCCCCACCGAGGUGGUCCGUGGCCGCGGCGAGGCGCCGCGCGUGGCGCUUCGACUGUUGCGCCAGAGCCAGGACGGCAGCGCGGUGCUGCGCGCCUCACUCGGCGACCCGCUCUACCUGGUGGUGCUCUCCGAGCAGGACACCGCCUUCGGCAUGUUCGGGAAGAACAUCGAGGCGCGCACCGCCAACGGCGAGCGGCUCCUGCUCGUCGACGAGAAAGGAUGUGCCACCGACCCGGAGAUUUUCUCCGGUCUGAGCCUGGACCGUCGGACCGGCCACCUGGUGGCCUUCUUCAAGGCGUUCCGCUUCCCAAGCACGUCCAAAGUCAACUUCGUGGCCACCAUCGGCUUCUGCCAGGGCGAGUGUCCGCCGGCCAAGUGCCCUGAGCCGAAGUCGAGUCGGCGCCGGCGCCGGGCGGCCGACGGGUCGCACACCGCUGUCCCGGACCCCAGUGCUGAGACCAUUCAGCCGCCCGGCAGAGACCAAACCGAGUCUGAGACGGACGAUAAACCAGACGCCGACAGUGACAGUGUCAGCUCCGGAGACGGUGACACGGGUGACACCGGCGCGAGUGUCACCGCACCAGAGGCCACUCGGUUCGCUCAGACAGACAGAGGCGGCGCAGAUGGCGGUCACGAGAGACCGCUGGUGGCGGAGGCACUACCGACCGUUGACAGCGCGACCGGUGGCGACGCUGGCAGGGAGCGGGGCGGAACACCGCCGGUGAACGGUGCGAAUGGCGAACGAGUGCCGCCAGAGGACGGGUCGAACAGUUCGGAAGUAACGACUGCGGACGACAGCGGGCCCGGUGACGAGGCAGCCGACCGGACUUCUGCCGCCGACACCGCUGACACCCGGGCGCUGGGCUUCUCCAAUGGGACCGUCAGAGGUCCUAAGACGUCAGAAGGCACCAAUCUGCUCCCCGCGGCCAACCUCAGAGCGCAGCAUCCUCCCUCGGCGGGCAAGAACGCCUCAGAGACGACGAUGAUAACCGAUUCAGGUCCUGAGACCACCUCCGGUUCCGCGGAGGGCGGCGCUGUUGAUGUAGCUGAAGACGAAUACCUUGACGACGAAGAGGAAGAUUUCAAAGCGGCAGAAGCGGACAUGGUGUUAGCUGACGUCCUGUCGCAGUCUGUACCAUUGGUGGUUUCGCUAACCGUGGACUCGGACAAAGACGACCCGGCUACACCCUCGCACCAGGAUGGACCCUGGACGGACGAGCUGUCUGUCAGAGGCACGCGGCCUUCGCUGCUGAACGCCACAGGGGGCAGCCCCGGGUCGGAGGUGUGCGCGCCGCGGCUGACGCUGGCUCUGGCGCUGGCCAGCGCCGUGCUGGGCCAGCUGGGCCUGCUGCUGGGCGCCGCCGGGGUGUACCGGCGCAGCAGGCGGCGCUGGUACCAGCGCCACAGCGGUCACCAGCGGUAGGAGACGGCGAGAACAGUGGAAAGGCACCACGGCCAGAGCAGAGUAGGGCAGGGCAGCUCAAAGAUUGAAAAGCGGCUCAGUGGCUGAGGCCGGGCCGAUGAUGUUUGACGCGGGGGGAGGGUGACCCGAGGGGUGAGAAGUGUGCUUCAAUGACUGAGCGCCGGUCUCUGAUGAACGGGGGGGGGGGGAGAUGAAGUUCAGGGGAAGAGAUUAUGGAUCCUGCCUGUAUCAGACUGCCUGAUCGCGCUCACUGCUCAGUACUCCGUCCAGAGUCGGUAACUGCAGCUAAAAGGGUUUUGCUCACCUCGCAAUGUGACUGCGAAGAAUAAGUGGUCAGAUAGUGAAUUAGAAAGUGUAACAGUUGGACAAAAACAGGCCAAAUCGGGAAUACUUUUUUCCCGGUGAGUGAUGUUUCUUUUUACAUAAGUGUCGGCAUUAAGGUUAAUGGUCCGCGGUCGAUAAGUCAUGUGUUUGGAAUUUGGAUAAUAUAAUAUUUACUGUCACUGUUCAGUGUUCACUCAAAAAAAAAAAAAAAAACA